UGAAGAUUUUUUGAAAACUUCUUCCAUUUAGUUAUCUGAUGAUUGUUUCUAUUUUUGAAAUUUAAAUGUACAAUGUAUGAAUUUUCUGUAAGUCUCUGUUUAACCCAACUGAAAACUUUGGCUGUGUUUUCUGUAGUUGUGACCGGUGUGUUGAUGAAGUCUGAAAAUGUUUAUGUGGGAACAGUGGGUGAAACGGUGGAUAUCAAAUGUCAAUAUCCAGAUGACCAUAGAUAUACACCCAAGUACUUUUGCCGUCAUCCCUGUAAAUCAUCUGUUUUGAUUAAAAGUGCAAAGAUUGAUCAGGUCGUCUCAGAUGGAAGAUACUCUUUGAUUGAUUUUGUGAGUGGACGGUUCUUUACUGUAACCAUCAAACAUCUCAGACUCACAGACUCUGAUGUUUAUUACUGUGGACUUGAUCAAUGGUUCCGUGACACACUGAAUCAAGUUCAACUGUCUGUCCGUCCAGAUAAUUCUCACUCAUAUGAACCGUUACCAUCAACAGUCCAAUCACCAGGUUCCACUCCUCCAGUCAACAGCUCCUCUGUCAAUGUGACUGCGGUUUGUGCAGGUGUUUUGUUAUUCCUGGUUUUCUGGAUCCUUGUGGCUUCAGUGUGUAUCUACAGCAGAAGAUCAGAUGCAAAGUCCAGAUAUACAGCUCAAGAGCCACCAGACUUCAACCAGGCUAUGGAAGAUAUAUGUACAAUGGUAGUGUAUAGUUUGGAUGAUCCACCUAAAGAAGACUGUUCUUCUCUAAACUAUUCAACUACAUUACUGCAUGUCACUCAGUAACAGAGUCAUUCUGGAAUGUGGAACUAAUUAUUUACUAUUAAAAUUACUUUAUAUUUAGACCUAAUCAUAAUCUUAUCUGCAGCAGCAGCAUCAUCUCUCUUUUUAUCUGUAUGAUAACACAAUUUCUGUAAUAAGUCAAUAAAAAGUAUAUUGUUUAUACUUUGUAUAUACUUUAGCCAUCCAUCAGUCUGAUGAUCAAAUGAAUGUUAGUUCACCAUUUCCUGGGUGGCAGAUCAGUGACUGUGCUGCAUUCGAUUUUGACAUUGUUGCAGAGCAUUUGUGGUGUAUGUGGUCAAAGAAUAGAACAUUUUGCGAUGUCUGUGAGUUGCAAACAAAAUAAGGAACUGUCCCUUAGCUUUGAUCUGUUUGGUUGCUCAUUACUGAUUACUUGCCUAAUUACUGUGGCCAAAUGUUAUAGACUAUGUUGAAUUUUUAUGAGCACUAAACUCACGGCCGUAGCCAUGGGUUUGAAAAUUAGUGAGGUCUGGGGUGGGGGGAAUUGUGCUAAAAUAACCCCUACAAAUACAACACAAUAAUUAUAUACACUAACAGAAAUGUAGAUGUUUGUGAAAGAUGUUUUCUCUGUUUUGGAGGGAUGAACACA